GUCCUGGCUCCAGCUGCAGGGGGAUCUCGCUGCUGCGUGCCUCCACCGGCUUCCGCUCUCGCUAUCUGCCCUCGCCCCCCCCUCCGUCCCCCCCCCCCGCCUCGUGCCCCCUCCCAGGGGCGCGUGGCGGCGGCAAUGCCGCGGCGGGAUAACUGCAUGCUGUUCCAGAGCUUCGACCCGAAGUCCCGGACAGCCCCGCCCCCGCUGCCACGGAGCCAGCUCGACGGGGCGACCCGAGAGCACACCCACAAGUUCCGCGAGUUCCGCAGGGAGUUCCAGGAGGGGCGCAUUGCGCUGGACGGGCCGCGGGUCGGUCAGCUGAGGCAGCUGCUGAGGGACAACGACGCCCAGGGGCUGCAGAGGUUCCUGGACGCCAAGCGGGGCAGCGUCGUGCAGCUGCAGCCCGGGCAGACGUGCCGGUGGUGCAACCGGCGCGUGGCGGAGGCGGGCGCCGCGGGCAGGCCGCCCGCGCGGGGGCGCAGGGCCGAGGGCCCGGGCGCGCCGCGCCUGUGCCAGAUCUGCCGGGAGUGGCACUGCGCGGAGCACUGCAACUGCCUCAGCAGAAUAGUCAGCGGGCGCUACGUCCUGGACAUCACGUGCUGCAGGCAGUGCAGCGUGUUUCUGGACGUGCAGAGGUGGCACCGCGAGGGUCGCCAGGCCUUGAACAAGGCCGACGACACGACCAUCGGAGCGUGCUUGUGGGUGCUCGCCGACGCCGAUGCCAUGCUGAGUGCCUGUCGCGAGGUGGGCCUGACGCACGCGCCGCCGCGAAAAGUCGCGGGCGAGGCCGUGAUCGUAAAGGCGAUCGACACGCGAAGUGACAUCGUGGAGUGCCACGUGCCGCUCCUGGCCGAGGGCUUCCGGUUCGCCGCGCGCGCGCUGGUUAAGGAGGCGCGCCUGGGCCUGCCCGACUCCGCGGAGCAGCUGCUGGCCGCGCACACCGCGCUCGCGGAGGCCGCGCUCCCGACCAGGCUUGCCCAGCUGGAGGGCCUCUCCAGGACGGUGGAGGACGCCAGCCCGAGCACGCUCGCGCAGCUGGAGGACGGGCACCUGCAGCUGCAGCGGAGCCGGGCCGCGGCCGAGCAGGCGAGGAGGAACGUGGAGGCCGCGGUGCGCUCGGCCGAGGCCGUGGUGCCCCCGCCCGAGCGCGAGCGCGACGCCAUCCUGCGAAGAGCGCUGGUGCGGCAGGGGAAGGAGC